UUCAAUAUUUUCUCGUUUUCUCCACUAGAGCUCUCUCUCUCUCUCUAUGUGAUUUGCCGGCAUUCGAAACCCUAGUAUUCGUUUAUAUCUCCAACGACGCCUUUGAUGUUGCUGUAUCCAAUGAUUCAUGAACUUGAAGGAUGACUGACAGGUGACAGCCAGAAUGUUAUUGCAAAGGAUAUGAGUUGUUUACAAAACAUAUUUUCCUGCUGCUCAUGAUUUGGUCAAGUCAUUUUUUUAACUGGGAGAAUGGAUCGUUGUGACACAUCAGGAUUUGUUAGUGGGGGUGGCCUGUUCUCCUUUUACUUUAGGGAAUCUUGAAGCUAUUUUUUAUAUUCUUGAAAUUCUUUUCCCGCCCUCAGAAGUUGGCUAUUUGUUUUACAAUUGUAAGUCAGUUUAGGUUAGAAAGUUGUCACUGUUAAGGUUACAUGGAGAACACCAAUCAACAUUUUACUGUUAAUUUUGCCUCAAAUGCAUUCAAAAAUCUGGUAGGUAAUGUUGAUGAUGCUGGAGCCGCUUAUUCUGCAGUCACUGCAUUGCAACUUGAUUCCCCUGGUGUGUCAAGCUCGUAUCUCUCAAACUCAAAUGGAAGCGGGAGGAAAUGGAGUGUCACUAAUGGAUCGGCGAACCUGCAAGACGGGUCUUCUCUGGUUCUUGGGUUGGGUUGUUCAUCAAGGUAUUGCACUACUAAAUCUUUGGGUAAAGAAAUAGAGGGGUCUUCAAUCGAUCUACAUCUGAGAAUCAACACCCAUCUAGGAAAUGAGAGGUCACCUAAAUUGAAGAAUAUUUUUGGGAUUCCAAAGACAGUAGAAGUGGAAAGACCUAAACUCGACCUUGAAUUAAGUCUGUCCACUGGAGCUGCUGAAUCUGAUAUCACAAGUGUUACUGAAGGGAUUGCCCCUUUUGAGAAUAAUGCAGAGUCACGCAUCGUAACUGGCACAGUUCAACUUGUGGAUGAAGGAGCAACAUCAUUUAAAUGGAAACUAAGGCAUCUUGUGCCUCCAUUGCAUGCUUUGCAAAGUACAGAGACUACCAGUCAUUUUUACCAUGUUUGUAACCAUAUCGAUCCAACUCCAGUUAUUCCAAACGCCUCAUUAACUGCAGCAGACAUUCCAAGUCGCUCAGUUGGCUCUGCUCCUGGAGCAAUUAAUCAGCAACAGCGACACAACACCACCAGAGUGAAAACCUGUCAGUUCAAAGGAUGCAUGAGGGGAGCAAGAGGUGCUUCUGGCCUUUGUAUUGCCCAUGGUGGUGGCAGAAGAUGUCAGAAAACUGGAUGUCAGAAGGGAGCAGAAGGCAAGACAGUGUUCUGCAAAGCCCAUGGGGGUGGCCGGCGGUGCCAAUUUCUUGGGUGCACAAGGAGUGCUGAAGGCCGUACGGACUUUUGUAUUGGCCAUGGUGGUGGUAGGCGGUGCAGUUACGAUGGUGGUUGCAUCCGUGCGGCAAGAGGGAAGUCUGGCUUGUGCAUCCGACAUGGGGGUGGCAAGAGGUGUAAGAUGGAAACUUGCAGCAAGAGUGCUGAGGGCAUUUCUGGCCUCUGCAUCUCCCAUGGCGGUGGCCGUCGAUGCCAGUAUCCUGAGUGUAAAAAAGGUGCUCAAGGGAGUACAAUGUUUUGCAAAGCGCAUGGUGGGGGAAAAAGAUGCACCUUUCUAGGUUGCACAAAAGGUGCAGAGGGGAGCACACCAUUCUGUAAAGGCCACGGUGGAGGGAAAAGGUGUACAUUUGAAGGAGGCUGCGCGAAGAGUGUGCAUGGAGGCACCUUGUUUUGUGUUAAUCAUGGUGGGGGCAAGAGAUGUGCCGCACCUGAAUGCACUAAGAGUGCAAGGGGACGGACCGACUUUUGUGUUCGUCAUGGCGGAGGGAAAAGGUGUAAAUUUGAAGGAUGUGGGAAGAGUGCUCAAGGCAGCACCGACUUUUGCAAGGCACAUGGUGGAGGUAAAUGGUGCUCUUGGGGUCGGUUAGGGUCAGAGUUUGGUGCCCAGGCUGCUGCUCCUUGUGACAAGAUUGCUAGGGGGAAAUCUGGCCUGUGUGCUUUCCACAACACACAGGUGCAAGACAAGCAGAUCCAUGGUGGUGGCUUAAUGGGUCCUAUACUGCAAGAUCCACAAUCCAGCACAUUACAGAAGAUGAAAGGGAUUGUUACUGCUGGAAAUAACAGUAUUGAUGGCAUAGGCGGGGUGUCAAUUGAUACGAGGAUUUCCAUGCAGAUUCCUUCCCGGGAGAAUUUUGCUGCUGAAAAUGGUGGUUUAGUUCAAUUUUCACUUCCAGAAGGUAGAGUGCACGGAGGAGGCCUAAUGGCAAUGCUUAGAGGCAGUCCUAGCUUUGUAGCAAGCAACAAUAACCAAGUAGCUGGUGGCCUAUCAGAGAAGGGAAAAUCUUAUACCAUGCCUCUUGGUUGGAUGUGAGCAAAAAUUAUGGGUAGAGGUUCUGAGCGUUGGAAUUGAAUCUUGUGCUUUAGUAGUCUAUGGGGCUGGUAAUUAAUUAUGGGUGAAAAUGUCCAAGUUCUUCUCAUAUCACUGAUUUGCAUGGAUAGAAGCCAUUUGCACGAAACCCUUAUAAAACAAGAAGGGAAAAGCAGGGUAGGAAAUGCACAGAGUUUGUUCAAGUGUCUCUCUCCUGUAAAUAUUCAUAUCACUUAGCUUUUCUCAUCUCAUUAAUUUGCACAGUUAGGAGUCAUUUGCUUGGAACCCUUGUGAUACAUCAUGGAAAAGCAGAUAGGGAAACGAAUAAAGUCGUACAUGGUCGGGUUGUUCAAAUGUUUCUCCUAUAAAUCAUAUCGUGGAAGCUUUUUCUUUCUCACCAUUGUGAUACAGUAAAGAAAAUCAUUUAGGGAAUGAAUAAAGCAUUCAUAGUUGGGUUGUUUGUGUUUCUCCUGUAAAUGUUGUUCAUACCAUUAAUCAGAGAAUGUAAUAGAUACGUUUCUUGUCUC